AGUGUGAAGUGAGUUAUGUGAGUGAUUGCUGACAUGCCCCAUUGCCUCGACUCGACAAAUACCAUGUUGUUUGAAUUAUUAUUACCCAUUAUGGUAAUAUUAUUUGAAUGAAUCUGCUUUCAAAGUGUGAUCAUUUCAAGUUUUUAUUAGGUAAAUCUGGAAAAGUCUGUAGCCUUUCUUCCAAACAAUAGAGUUCUCUCAGUUGUCUUAAAAAAAAAAAAAUCUCAUAAUGAGAUGGAUGUCUUGCUUGUUCCUUGGAGAAAUAUGCUGGCAGUCUGUCAGUCUGUCUGUUUGCAACUGGGCUGUAGGUCAGUUUGGGAGUACAGUAUAAAUACAGGGUGAGCGAAUCACGUGGCUCUGCGAAUGUUUCGCAAUUGGCUUCGUCCUGUUGCGUCUUGUGACGGCGCGCGGCGGUAGGCCAUCACGCCCUGCCUUUAUACGGACAACUUGCUACUUGGCAAUUCUUUUCUGUUGUUCCUCACUCUGCCAGCUUGAUGCUCAGGCCUCACCUCAAGAUGGUCAUCUUUGGACCCGGCGCUGCUUACGCCGCUUGCACCGCUGGCUGAGCCUGACCUGGAGUCGAAAAUGAACUGGGGGACCUUUUAUGCCGUGAUCAGCGGCGUAAACAGACACUCUACCGGCAUCGGACGCGUUUGGCUCUCCGUCAUUUUCAUCUUCCGUAUCCUGGUCCUGGUGGUUGCUGCUGAGAGCGUUUGGGGCGACGAGAAGUCGGGCUUCGUCUGCAACACCCAGCAGCCCGGCUGCAACAGCGUCUGUUACGACCAGUUCUUCCCCAUCUCGCACAUCCGCCUGUGGGCGCUCCAACUCAUCCUGGUCUCCACCCCCGCCCUGCUGGUGGCCAUGCAUGUGGCCCACCGACGCCACAUCGACAAGAAGAUCCUGAAGAGGACAGGCCGCGGCAGCCCCAAGGAGCUGGAGCACAUCAAGAACCAGAAGUUCCAGAUCACCGGAGCUCUGUGGUGGACAUACAUGAUCAGUAUCAUCUUCAGAAUCGUCUUGGAGGUGGCUUUUCUCUACAUCUUCUACUUGAUCUAUCCCGGCUUUAAGAUGGUGCGUUUGGUGAAAUGUGACUCGUACCCAUGCCCCAACACGGUGGACUGUUUUGUCUCCAGGCCGACAGAAAAGACCAUAUUCACUGUGUUCAUGCUGGCGGUGUCCGGGGUGUGUGUGCUGCUCAACCUGGCUGAGGUGGUAUACCUCUUAUGCAGGGCCUGUAAACAGUGCUUACGAGGCUCUGAGGAAGAGUCCAAAGUAGAUUGGAUAAGUCAAAGAUUGUCUUCAUAUAGGCAAAAUGAAAUCAAUCAGCUGAUAGCAGACCAUUCUCUCAAAUCUAAGUUCACUGUGACCAAAAAGAGCCCGACUGAGAAGGGUGAAAGGUGUUCUGCUUUUUGAGACUCUGCCUCUCUUUAAACUAAUCAACAGUAAUCACACAUGUUCAUAGAGCAUGUUGCUCUGCAUUAAUGUCACACAUUCUGUAUAUUUGAUCGUCAACAUACACAUUUAGACCAUUUAUUUAUGAUUCAGUCAAUCGCUUAUUGAUUCAUCUGUUUUUUUUGCUGUGUUAUUGACACUAGUUAGUUGUUGUUGGAACUGGUGUAUUUGGAUUUUUGACAGUAGUGAAGGUUAAAGGACCAUACCAGUGCAUAUUUUAGACCAUGCUGACAUUGGCGUCAACUGUCAUUUCAGUGGUUUUAAUUUGAAUACAGUAUGAGAAGCAACUUGCCAGGGCGCAAAUUAUCUUGAGCUGAAGAAGCCAUGCCUCUGUGAGCAUCAAACCUUCAUACAUUUUGGUCAAAGUUGUGUCAUUGAUAAUACGGUUCAAACUGGAUUUGUUUGAAAAUCCUGCAGGUUUGACGGGUUGGCACACUGAUUAGAAACCAUCAGUUGCUGCCACACAGUUGUAUUUACACCCUACGAUGUAUGAAAAUUAUGCCCAUCAAUUAAACGUUGAUUUUAAAAAGAUAAAGGGAAUAUUUAUUAUUCGGCAUUAUUUAUGUUUGGGAAAUUACUCGAUUCUUGGAUGACAGUUUCUAACCAGCACACGAAUGCACCGAUCGGCCACAUUUCAGCUGCUUUAUCCCCGCAACAAUAAUGUAGCUUUGACACAAAAAAGGAAACGGGCAGCUGUCCAGAAGGCAUGAAAACACUGAAAACUAAAAAAAAUAUAUACGCAUUAGGAUAUGCUUAGUAAUACAAAAGUAUGCAUGAUUUCUAAUAUUAAAUAUCUGAUAUGUCUGACUGUUGUUGAAGUGUCCUUGAGCGCGACACUGAUCCCUAAGUUGCUCCCUGGGCGUUUUACAGCAGCCCACUGCUUCUAAUGCUUAGGAUGGGUUACAAUGCAGAGGUCAAAUUUCAUCUAUGUACCUGUAUGUACAUGACGAAUCUAAUAAAGUUAAAGUGAUAAUUUGUGCAAAAACACCGGUAUGGUCCUUUAAAGGCGAAAAGAUUAUAGUAGAGAUUAAAAUGCUGGAUAGAAAGGGAACUAUUUAUUUACAUCAAACAUGUUCAUUUGUACCAUAUUUAAUUUAAUUCCAUAGUCAAAGCUAGGUGAUGAAAAAAGAAAAGGGCAUUUAUGUGAAUAAAUGCCGUUAAAUGUCAGUAACAGCCCUUUAAGACAACAGCGGUAUGCUUAGAUUUUAUUAGACAGUUUUAGUUAUUUGACUUUGCUAAUCUUUGUGCAGACAGCUAUAACUAUUAUGUAACUUAGCGUACUGCUAUGGAAACAUUAUAACAAUUGGUGCUAGAAAACCAAAGAAAGAUUUCAAAUACUGUCCAGAUGUGGACAACUGUCAUUGGAUAUUGACAAAAAAAAAAAUAAUUCAUUGGAAAACAAACAUAUCUUUACUACUGACCUAUUAAAGAGGACCUAUUAUGCUAAUUUUCAGGUGCAUACUUGUAUUUUGGGUUUCUACUAGAACAUGUUUACAUGCUUUAAUGUUCAAAAAACGCUUUAUUUUUCUCAUACCGACCUUC